GGAUGUUUAGGGUACACAGCUGAGCUCUGUGGUCAGAGAGUCCAGUUUGUAGUACUUCCACUUGUACAACAAGUUCCAAGCUAUUUUGUGCACACCCAAUCAAUAGAGGACUGUGUGGAGCUGGUUUGGCUGGCUCCUGAAGUAAAGUGUGGGUUACAGUCUGUCAAGGGGUUCUUCAGUUUUUGUUGGCAGGUUUGGCUGGCUCCUGAAGGUCAGGUGUGGGUUACAGUCUGUCAAGGGUUCUUCAGUUUUUGUUGGCAGGUUUGGCUGGCUCCUGAAGUCAGGUCAGAGAUACGAGUCCUGAAAAGCCAGCUAAAAAAACGAAAGCUUGACACAAGUGAUGUAUCAACCACUCUACCCAGUAAUAAAGAAAGGGAUAACCAUUCAGAGCCUCCGAAAAAAUCAAAAGAAAAGGAAUCUAUAGAGAUUAAUGAUACUUUAAAAUGUAUAUUGCUAAAAAACAAAGUUCGAACUUUGGAAUCAAAAAAAGUUGAAUUGGAAACUAACAAUAAGGAGCUUAUUAAGCAAUUAUUUCUAUUUGAAAUGCCACCUGAUUUCUUCAGCUUCUGGGAAAUGUGUGAAACUAUGAACAAAAAUGAUCCAACAAAUGCAUUAAAAGCCAUAAAGCUGAAACUUGUUGGGCCAUUUGAUGUUUUGGCAGGGAAAGUGAGCGAAGUAUAUGAAGAGGAUUUGCCAGAUUUUCUAAAACACUGGAGGUACUACUACGAUCCUCCUGAGUUUCAGACGGUAAUCUGCAAUGAAAACUCGAGUUGCUACCAUAUGGGUUACUUUCGGGAUGAUCCAAAGGAGAUGCCAGUUUUUGUCGCCAGUAACGUCCUCAACCCGAAAGAUCCCGAAAAAAAUGGUGAACUGAAAAUUAGAGGUCAAAAUCUUUUUGCUGCAUUAAAUUCUUAUUUUGAAGAGUUAAAGACUGAUCCAUUUUCACGAAUGAAAAUACCACAGCUCCAAAAAACUGUGACAUCAUGGGCCAAAGAGAAAGGUUUCAGCUUAGAAAAAACAUCUAAAGCAAUGGAAGCUCGGAGUAAGAAGGUAGUGGCGUCAACUUUCCAUAAAGCCGGCAUUGUCGUCCCGGUGGACAAGAAGAACGAUGUGGGCUACAGAGAGUUGGCCGCUAGCAACAGCAUGAUCAAGAAGAUGUUGAAGGGUCUGGUGGAUAGCAAGAGUGAGGAGGAGAGGGCUAAAUAUUGGGAGCAACUGCAACCUGUGAUCACUUUUGCCAACAUUGCAAAUGAUGAGUGUGAUUUUGGCACCAGUCUAGAGCUAGGACAGGACCUGUUCACAUACGGUAGCCCUCUGCUCCACCGCAGUGCCAAGCAACUGCUCACCACAGCCUACACCCUGCUGGGCCGCAAUGAGUUUGCCACCAUUAUUGAGGUUCAUUUGGAUGACAGAAGAAAAGGAGGAAACUUAAGUAUCCUUUGAUGGUUUCAAUUUUAGGAUUAUGUAUUUUUGUUAUAUUAAAAAAUUAUCUGUUUUUGAUGACAGUCUA